UCGCCGCAGCCUCCGCCUGAGCCGCCCGGCCUCGCCGCCAUGCUCGUCAAGGAGUACCGCAUCUGCAUGCCGCUCACCACCGAGGAGUACCGCGUGGGGCAGCUCUACACCAUCAGCAAGCACAGCCACCAGGAGAGCGAGAAGGGCGAGGGCGUCGAGGUGGUGAAGAAUGAGCCCCACGAGGACCCCGUGCACGGGCCCGGGCAGUUCACCGAGAAGCGGGUCCACCUCUCCAGUAAGCUGCCCAGCUGGGCCCGAGCAGUGACCCCCCGCAUCUUCUACAUCACCGAGAAGGCCUGGAACUACUACCCCUACACCAUCACCGAGUACACGUGCUCCUUCCUGCCCAAGUUCUCCAUCUACAUUGAGACCAAGUACGAGGACAACUGUGGGGACAGUGAGAACAUCUUCCAUAGUGACAAAAUCCUGGGGGACCAUGAAGUCUCCUUCCUGGACAUCGCCUUCGAUGAGAUCCCUGAGCGCUACUACCGCAGCCUGGAGGACCCGCGCUACUUCAGCUCGGCCAAGACGGGCCGGGGGCCGCUGCGGGAAGGCUGGCGCCAGCACACCAAGCCCAUCAUGUGCUCCUACAAGCUGGUGAGCGUCAAGUUCGAGGUGUGGGGGCUGCAGAGCCGCGUGGAGCAGUUCGUGCACAAGGUCAUCCGCGACAUCCUCUUGAUAGGACACCGGCAGGCCUUCGCCUGGGUGGACGAGUGGUGCGACAUGUCCCUGGAAGAGGUUCGGGCCUUCGAGACUCAGAUGCAAGUGGCCACGAACCAAAAAUUUGGGAGCCAGGAGCCCUAGCACCCACCCAGCCUGGACUCCCUG